UGGACUUUGUCAUCCAGGAAGAAAGUAUAGCUGAUGCUCGUAUGUAUGUAUAUACGUUUCUGUCAAGUAUUACCAAUUGUUCCACCUAUUGUUCAAGUAACUUAACGGUUUGGAAUGUUCACGCACCGUGAACAUGCAGGUGGAAAAUGCGUCCAGGCGGGCUAACGACCGACUUUUGACAGCCACUUCGACUGAUACUGUCAUUCUAGAAAAUCGUGAAAAUUCGGUGACUACCGAUCAUUCUACGACACUUGCGAAUGUAACAAACAAUAACUUAGAACUGAUCGGUACGGUGAUGUCCAUUUCACACGUGACCACCAAAAACUCUCCAGAGCAUGGUUUAGAUCAAGGAAAGGUGUUUCCAGAUAUGCAAGUUAUUAACAACAAAGGUGACCUAGGAGGUACUUGUGGUUUGACAAAUCAAGAACAGUCAGGUGCAUCUCCUGAAUCAGCUAUACACACAGCGUCAAAUGAAUCGAACGAAACGAACGCAUCAGAAGAUCGUAGUAUUUCUGCCCGAACUUCUCAAUCAGCAUUAGCGUUUACAAUCGACUUUGCUGAUAAGGAAGUAGAUUCUGUAAGAUAUCAUAAUUUAUUUGAAAGAUACAAUGCCAGACAUAAACGAAACUCAUCAAUGUCCAAGGUUGAAAUAAGGUCAAAGAAGUCAAUGCCAGUCUCUUCCAGUGUGGUGCAAAAACCAACACUUUCUCAUACUCAUUCUGAAGGUUAUUUCAGUAGUGACCAAGAAGAAAAUAUCAAACGAAAGGCUGAUAGGCUUUCACAAAAAUUACAUCAAUUAGGUUUAAAAUCUCCAAUAAAUGUUUCUCAUUGUGAUACAAAAAAAAUGAAUACCAUGUCGAGAUCACAGAGUGAACAAACAGCGGAGGAACUAAUAUCACAUUCUAAUCAUGGACACCAGAAGUCUCCUCAAUCUGCUCGAGAAAAACUCUCAUUGGACCUUAAACAUACAACAAAAUCAGAAAUGAGUCCUCGACAGGAUACAGAAAAUUCAAUUACAAUGAAUAAUUUGAGUAGAGCACAAACCUCUUCUAACCUAGAAGAAGCAAAUUGUGCCAAAUAUUCUCCUGAAAAAAAGUAUACGAAAAAUAUAGAAUGUAAAGAAUAUAGCAUGGCUGAUUAUGAUCAUGAAGGGGAAGACAAUUUACACAUCUCAAAUCUUAAUGUGACUGAAAAAAUAUCUAACAAACAUUAUUUAACCAAUGACCCUGAGUUUAAUGGUUAUGAGAAUGACGCCACUAAAGAUAGUAACAUGCACACAUCGAGUAUUAGUUGCAGGUCAAGCUCUAAUGCUGAUGGUUUUGAAAAGACUAAUUUAGAUGUUUUCAACGUUAGUAAUUUAGAUGGAGAAUCAGAUGGAGCAGUAAGUGAAGCAGGAACUUACACAAUUCAUAAAGAUUACACAGAUGAAGAAAAAGCAAGAAUGGACAUUGACAAGGUUUUUAGCGUAGGUGUCCUUACAGAAGAAGAAAGCAAUGAGGCUUAUGUUCACAGUUUCAAGUUAAGUGUAUCCAGAGAUAAUAAUACUUGGAUAUCCGAAUGGGCUACGCAAGUGGCUGAACAUAACUCUUUCCCUUCAUCAGUAGUGGGAAAAGAAGGACGUUCAUCUCCAUUGAGUCCAUCUAAGAUACCCUCUCCAAUACACACAAGGUCUCAGAGAUUGUCUAGAAAUCGUCAGGAGCAGAGUGACAGCAGCUUGGAUACGGAGUCCUGUUUACGUGCAAAUGAAAACCUUGGAUUAUUACAAAAUCGACAAGCACUAAUUGACUCAGGAGGUGAAUCAGAUGAUGAUACAAGUAAUAGUUACAAUACUCCACCCCAUAGCUCCCAAAGGACUCCAACGCACAAUGCAUUGAUUAGGCGUGGUAGCCUAUCUGAAGCUUUACUUCGAAGAGUUAAUGCUUCCGAUGUACGAAGGAGUAUCCGAAAAUAUAUUAAUACUAAUAGUAAACCAAGAAAUGAACAAAGAAAUGAUGAAACUGUAUCAACAGUUGCAAGCAAUCCGUCCCAUGCUCUGGCGGCCCUUAAAGCGGGAAGAAGAAGUAGCUCUCUGGACAGGAAACAAUAUAUGUCUGAUACUGCGGAAUCUGCGACAUUUAAAAAGAACGAUAUAAAGUAUAGUUUAGAAGAUAAUUUUAAGCUAACAAGCAGUCCAGUUCUAAAUCGUCUUCAACCAUCCACGCCAAAACUAACUAACAGUCCAAUAUUAAGCCGGAAGGAACUUGCAACAAGAAUUUGCAACUCUCCCGUACUAAGUAAAGCGAGAAGCUUAACAAAGUCUGUUCCACAAGCCAACAAUAUUGGGUACUUUGUUUGUACUGAAAAUAGUCCAUACAUGCUUCGAAAGUCCAGUAGCACUACUAAUUACCACGAAGAUACAACAAUUCGUGGAAAAGAAUUAUCUACAACGACAAUUAGCAUGCUACAAAAUAGUCCAGUAAUGCGUCGUAGUGGAAGUGUACAAAGAUCGUCCAGUAGCGCUAGCAUUAGAAAUGUAAGACUGACUAAUGCGCUGGCGAGGCAUAGUAGUUUCAACAACAGUGAUACCGAAAAACUGUCUUUACGAGGAAAAUUUGCUGUGGCUUCCGACAGUAGUAGUGAAACAGGAGAAGCUCCACCUAAACUAUUGCAGUCAUCUUCUUCAGGGAUUAAACUAAAUAGAGCAUUCAGUAUACGAAGAGCAAGAUUGAAUUGUGAAUCUGAUACAACGCCGAACACUACACCAGAAGAAAGGAGAAAAAGAACUCAGGUAGAAGUGAAACCUGUUACGUGUUCAAGUAGGCAGCAGAGUCAUCAUCGGCGACGUAUGAACAGCAUAGGCUCAAAUAGUAAAGAAGUAUUUAAGAAACCAGAGCCAGUGAAGUCAAAAACUCCCUCAACAUCUAGAACCGAUAGUGGAAGAUUUAGCAUGUGGCCUUCAAAAUCUUCUCAUCACUCAUCUCAGCGGCCUAGUCAGAAACCCAACAAAGAUCAAAAGUCAGGAAGAAGUAAUUCCACUCUUACAUCGAAAGAAGUUGAGUUCCAAAAUUGGAAAAGGCGUAAAAAUUAUGAUCCCAUGAAGGCAGCAGCAGAGGGCAAAAAGAAAUUGGAUAACUCGAAGAAAACUCAUAGCACCGAAGAUAGCUCUAUUUCUCGUGAUAAUUCAGUGUUACGAUCUGCCAGCUUUCACGGAACCGGCGGUACUCUCUCUUUAGCUGACGAUUGGUCAGACAAUGAAAUUGAUGACGAUCAGAAAAACAUUCAGGCACCGCCACCAUGUAGUCCACAACUGGGAAGCGAUAGCGACUUGGAGACUUCUUCGUACCUGCAAACAACACAAAAUGUCGUUUCUGCUAUGUCAGCCCGUAUAACAGUAUACAAUCCAGCAUUAGUAGAUUCCGGAGGAGAAAGCGACGAAGAUACAAGUCACAGUUUGCAUCGUUCUGCAGAUAGACCUACUCAUCAAGAAAGCGACACGGAAAGUAGCGAUGGACCGCCGCCUGCAGUGCAACCGUCUAUCACGAAUACAAAAUAUAACAGAGCUUUCAGUUUACGAAGAGCCAGGUUAGAACCGCAAGAAACAAAAUCCGUACCACCAUUGACUAUCAAAACAAGGAGUUCCUCGCGUGAUACAAGAGGAAAGCCUGAAGCGGUUUCUGGUAUUUCAAGAACUGACUCUGGACGUUUUAGCAUGCGCCUUCCUAAAUCAUCCAGCACUGCUACUAAACUUAAAUCAAAGGAGGCCAAAAAACCUAGUACCCCCAGUUCAAAAGAAGUAGAGAUGCAGAAUUGGAAACGAAGAAAGAGUUACGAUCCUAUGAAAGCAGCUCUGGAAGGAAGACGAAAAGCUGGUCUUGCAAAGAGAAACCUAAAUGCGAAUGUCUCCCCAAGGACUGAUAGCGAUCAAUAAUCUAAAGAUAAUGUCUUCGAUACAAGCGUCAUGUGUCAAGAUCACAAAGCUUCCAUGGAUCAGCUGGUCUAGGCGCUAGUGAUUGGAGUGAUGAAGAAUUAACCGUGUCUGCAGAUGAGGCUACGCUUUACUAAGCACAGCCUACUGGAUAUUUAGUAAAAGAUAUGUAUUUCUUCUACUCGUUUUGUUCUCUCUGCUGCCACUGAUCUAAGCAACACAUUACUUUUCUAAAGUGAUGAGAACGUCGCGCUUACAAGAAUUAGUAAUAAUCAGUCAGGCGACUAUUGGAAUAAGGCUUUAUUUAUAAGGUUAGCAAAUGAGUGUGUGCUGAGUGCAUCAUAUAAUAGUUAUAACUUCUUCUGGCAAUUGAACAAGAUUCACGUAUAAUCAGCGUGAUGGACAGAAAAAAAAUAGUAACAAUACGUAUAUGUGUGUAAAACAUUUUUUCAGCCUCUUUACGAGACUUAUCUAUGAAUAUUAUAGACUCGUCCAAUACUUCAUCGAUGAUGAGAAAAAAUAGUUAUGCAUUAAAUUGGUUGAACCGUUAUUGGAACAAGUAUAAUGUAGAAGAAUUGCUUGAGUUUAUGGGAGACAAAAAACUUUGCUUUUCUAUAAGCUAAUGAUUAACUGGACAGCAGUUGUUAGCAUAAAUAAGGUUUUUGAAUUUUGCUCUUCUUAAGUAAUUAAAUCAAUUUAUCAGAAGCUAAUUAAAAUAUCAGAAGUAAUUCAUUAUCUUUGCAGAUAUUUUACAUUCAUAUUGGGGUUAAUGAUGAUAAAAAGUUAAAUGAUUUGGUCUAAUACAGUUUAAGACUAGUUUAAUUCAGCUUGAAUAUUAUGUACAUCUUAUUGCAUUAAAAUCGUCAUUAUAGUAUCUUGUACGGAAUACGUGUUUAUGCGCGUUAUGUUACUAUGUAAAAAGAAAUGUAAUGUACAGCAAUUUGUUAAUAUUGUCUUUCAUAAUUUACAUUAAGUAGCAUCACAUAAACUUCAGUGAACAGUAUUGCUACAGUUUCAUUAUAAUAAAUUCAUUGAAAUACUAACUUUGUAGCUGUACAUUUGCAAGUAUUCGAUUGAUUAGUUUUAACGGGUUACGAAGAAUACGAUAUUUUUUGUAAAAUUUAGCAGCUCAUUAAGGAUUCCAAAGUUGUAAUAACAGAUAGACCUCAGGUAGCUUAAUAUCCUGUGACUAAUAAUCUCAACUUGCUAAAAAUAGGUAAGAUGAUUAUAUAUAAACAUGUAAACUUGAAGUCAUGUCGGAAUGAUUAAAAUGUUUCAAUGAGGGUUUGUUUUUUGCAGUACUAUUUCAGUUAAUGUAAUAAUUUUAAUUGGAUUUAACAAUUAUUUAAUCAGUUUUGAUUUGAAUUUUAUUAUUAACAAGCAAAAUAGGACACAUAAUAAGCAGAAAAGUAAAGAAUUCAAGACGAUUAAAUGGGAUUCUUACACAAUCUUAAUGUAAUGUUUCUGAAACACUAUGAACACUAUAUUGCUAGUGUUUAACAUUCAGCUUUAGCUAUAAUUUCGAAUUCACAAUAGAUGUUGGAAGAGAAAAGGUGUAAGCUAAUCGAGGUUGUUCUGUAUUAUAACUUUAAGAUAGAUAAAAAAUAAAAUUACUUCGCUUAUGUAUAAAAACUGAGUUACAAUUUCCUUUCUCAUCAUACUAAUAUUUCUUUUAUAUGACAAUAUUUGAAAAAUGAGAACUAUACUAAUGACAAUGGGUUUUUAUUUUUUUUUAAAUCGAAGAAACGCCGUCUAAUUAUUACAUAAGAUAUAUAGUUUAGGAGCGGCAUAGAUACACAACCAAGUUUAUGAUUAAGUACCAUGACACCACGUUAAUAUCGUCAAUCAUAAUAACGCCAGAACACUGUUUUCGAAGGAUAUAAAUAGAAUAAUAUUUUACACUGAGUUUUUAGGCAGAAACAUAAGGCUUGUUUGUUAAACUUGUUGCUCUAUCAUAAAUUUAAUAUAAACUUAAAACGGU